AUGGAAUAUCCACAAGAGAGUUUCGCUGCAACGCAAUUUGCGCCAGGAUCAUUUUGGGCACGUCUUCGUGAAGUGGUUCGAGUUCAGACCCUGCGACAUCAGCUUCAAAUGCUCAAGAAGACGGGUCGGUAUGAUGCAUUCAAACUACGCUGGCAUCCAAGUUAUUCAGUUCCUCCCACAGUAUAUCCGAUUCCCAAUCAUCAAUUCUGGGACUCCGAUGUGGCUAAAUGGAUUGAAGGUGCUUGCUACUUGCUCAUGGAUAGCCCUGAUGCUGAAAUUGAAGAAGCUGUGAAGGAGUUGGUGGAGAUGAUCAAAGGAGCGCAGCAUCCAGAUGGAUAUUUGAACAUUCAUUAUUCCGUUGUUGAGCCAGGGAAGCGUUUCACUAACUUGCGAGAUAUGCAUGAAUUGUAUAAUGCUGGUCAUCUUAUUGAAGCCGCUCUCGCCCAUCAUCGUUACUCUAGUAAUUUUGAACUGCUGUCUCCCAUUCUGAAAUACGUGGACCUUCUGGCUGCGACCUUUGGUGAUCAAAAGGGUCAAAUUCCCGGGUAUCCCGGUCACCCAGAGAUUGAACUUGCUCUCUUGCGGCUGUACAAGGUUUCAGCAAACCCAAAACAUCUUCAAUUGGCUCAAUUCUUCAUCGAAGAGAGAGGAAAUCCAAAAGGAAGCAAAAACCAACGUCAUUACUAUGAUGACGAAGCAGAAGCUCGCGGUGAAAGUGAACAUGACCUGCCAAUGUAUUACCCUGCUGCGAGGAGCUAUUGGUAUCAACAAGCCCAUGUUCCCAUCGUUGAUCAAGAGACGAUCGAGGGACAUUCUGUUCGUGCUUUGUAUCUCCUAACAGCCGUUGCAGAUUUGGUCCGAAUUCGUCAACCGGAUAGUCAAACAGGCAUUAAGUUCCUUCCGGCUAUAGAAAGAUUAUGGUCUAAUAUGGUGGAGAAGAAAUCCUAUGUUACUGGGGGAGUUGGAGCGAUGAAACAAUGGGAAGGGUUUGGGAUAGAUUACUUUUUACCCCAUGGGACUGAUGAAGGUGGGUGUUAUGCAGAGACAUGCGCUGCCAUUGGAGUCAUGAUGCUUGCCGAGAGAAUGCUCCAGAUCAAUCUUGAUAGUCACUAUGCAGACAUUAUGGAACUAUGUCUCUACAAUGCAGUAUUGACUGGAAUGAGCCUAGAUGGCAAAGCCUUCACUUAUGUGAAUCAGCUGGCGUCCUCAGACCAAGAUAUCUCACAGCGGCACGAGUGGUUUGAGUGCGCCUGUUGCCCUCCUAACGUCACUCGCACUCUAGGCUUUCUUGGGGGAUACCUAUGGAGCCAUACAGUCAAUGAUCAGACCGCUAUCGUCAAUGUACACUUGUACUCUUCCGCAACUCUCAAUUUCAAAACUUCUGAAUCUACUGUGAUGAUCACGCAACGGACAGACUGGCCGUGGAAUGGCGAUGUCAACUUUGACGUACAGACUGAUGGGCCCCCUGUUGAUCUGCAGAUACGACUGCGUAUUCCAGACUGGGCGAAAUCGUGGCAGAUCGCGCCUUCCCCAGGUACACUUGAUGUUCGAAACGGAUACCUGUAUCUGAGCGUUGAAUGGUUACAAGCGCAUCCUAACUUUCAACUAUCCUGCCCUAUGCAGCCACGAGUGGUCCGACCUCAUCCUUUGACGCUGCAGCCGGUGGUCUAUAUCACACGGGGCCCCAUUGUGUACUGCGUCGAAGAUGUUGACAACCCAUGGGAGCAGAGUCAUUUCAAGGUAAUAUAUUUGUCUUAG